GAUGACACAGCACAAAGCUGAGACGGUUUUUUUCCCCUUUAUCCUGCUCUCGACCUCUUCUGUAACCACCAAAGUUACAAAACGCGACUCCUCCGCUUAUAUUAUAAAGAGUUGCGUAGUGGCGGGUCACGUGACCGCGGUCCGUCUCCGGUGCGACACUUGAAGUUGCGUGAAAAACAGCUGCUGCGCUUCAGCCGCUUUGGACGCACAUUCGCUCGGCGAUGGAGGAUCUGAGGCAGUUCCUUUUGGCUCUGUCUGCCGCCGGAGCCGUGGGCUUUGUGGCCAUAAUAUUCGUGCUAAGAUGGGUUCUUCACUUCAAGGAAGGUUUAGCCUGGGACGGAGGACUGGCGGAGUUCAACUGGCAUCCGGUGCUCAUAGUCACAGGCUUUAUUUUCCUGCAGGGAAUUGCCAUAAUUGUGUACAGGCUUCCCUGGACCUGGCGGUGCAGCAAGCUGAUGAUGAAGUUCAUCCAUGCAGGCUUAAACCUGGCAGCCUUCAUUUUCGCUAUUAUUGCCAUGGUGGCAGUUUUUGACUUCCACAAUGCUGCAAAGAUUCCUAACAUGUACAGUCUGCACAGCUGGCUGGGCCUGAUGGCAGUCAUACUGUACGGUGCACAGCUUGUUCUAGGAGUUGGCAUGUACUUGAUACCAGUUACACCUGUAUCCUGGAGAGCAGCAUUUAUGCCCAUCCAUGUCUACAGUGGUCUUCUACUCUUUACCAGUAUCAUUGCUGUGGCCCUCAUGGGUAUAACAGAGAAACUUAUUUUUGGCCUGAGUAACCCAAAGUAUAAGGACUCUCCACCAGAGGCAAUUUUUGUGAAUGUGCUGGGAGUCCUCCUGGUGGUUUUUGGAGCUCUCAUCCUUUGGAUUGCUACUCGAACAUCUUGGAAACGCCCCAGUGACCAGGUCUUGCAUACUCUGCAUACCAAUGGGGGAGGUGAAGACAGGACCAGAAUUGCUCCGUCCCUAUCAGAGCUGUCUGAGGGACCUGAUGCUGAGGCAGGCGCAGACGUCAGAAAAAGGAGUAAUAGACCUGACAACUAACUUUGUGGACUAGUGUUAAAAUAUAUGUAGCUACGACUUCCAGCUGGUUCUGACUUUUGUUAUGAAUGUAAUCCAGUCUACACUGGAUAGAGAAAGUCUAAAUUUGAAGUAUAUUAUGGAUCAUACCUAACCUUCUCUCUUGCACAUUAUUCUUUUUUUUUUCUUUGCCAGAAGGAAUUUUUUAUGUGCAUGUAAAUAAUAAUAACUUGCUUUGCGUCAAGAUUACAAAUACUGCUGUGUGAACAGGCUUUGUUGAUAUACACUGUAGAAAAUAAUCAUGAUGGCUUUUAUAUUCUCUAUUUAUCUGUAUUGUGAUUUUCUAGUUUAUUUACAUGAAACUUAUAAUAAAUUGUAUACUGGUUUGAGUAAAUA